AAAGGUCAUCCGACGUGCCCAGUUGCAUCCACUUAAACUCGGUAAUAUUACAUCCGAUGAGUCGAAUCGACUUGAAAAUAUGUUUGCAGAAUCAGAAAUUUCUGCCAGGAUGUCCAAUAAUGGGCACCGUUGAGGUCACCAAUAGCGGCGACAAGGUCAUCGAGGUGAACGAAGUCUACAUCAAUCUGUGGGGACAGGAAUUUAUCAAAUUCAAAAUUUCAUCAUGUGCCCCUUACUGCUGUUUUUUUGGCGUCGGUUGCGUUUACCGUUGUACGGAAACGACAACAUAUGAAGAUGGCGUUACCAUUGUGGAUGAGACGAUUACUCUUCUUGAUAGAGCUCUUCUUCCAAAGGGGAGGCACAGCUUCCCAUUUGAGUUCAUGCUGGAGGAAGGAUGCCCAUCCACGUUCGAAACGAAGCUGGGUCUGGGAGGUCAUGUCCAAUACGGUUUGAAAGCAUUUCUGAAAGUUCCCGGUAAAGCGAAGUAUACUGACUCGUGUGGAAUUAGGGUGGAAGGCAUCUUGGAUAUCCGAAAGUUUAACCAAAACGGCCCACUAUGCGUGCAACAAGCCAACAAAAAAGUGGACGUCAAGGUGCAACUUCCCAAAACAGGGUACCUUUCCGGCGAGCGUAUUCCCGUCAAAGUGACCAUAACUAAUCUAAAGGGGUCUUCAGGCAAUGCGGAAAUAGCCAUUGUAAAGAGGGUGGAGUUGGUUUCCCGAAAGUAUGGAAAAAGCAGCAAAGAAGAUAUAACUUUGGUUAAUUCAAAGACUUGGAACUGGGCAAGUGGGGAAUGGUUAGAUAACCUAGAACUUCCGAUGUGUACCCCAACAAAUUUAUGUGGGGCUGAGUGCAUUGCGGUCGACUAUUUUGUUCAGGUUAACGUGAAAGGAGUCGACGUAUUCGUUCCAAUUGUCAUUGGAGCAAUUGCUUCGGCUGAGGAGAACAGCUGGGCUGGGUCACCUGAUGGGUAUCAAGGAGUCGAAAAUUAUACUUAUGAAGAUUAAAAUUUAAUAUUUGCGAGAUUCUGUAAAAAUUGGAGAAGGGUAUGAAUUCUACAGGUAUUUUGAACAAUUGUGAAGAAUUUAUGUUGAUGCAAGUAUGCAUAUUAAUAAAGCGUCUUUAAACUUUAAUAAACUGUGGAAAUCAUA